GUCGAUAUAUUGGUUACCGACGAUAUUUUGACUGCCAUGUGAAUUGAGAAUCGGGAAAGCUUCUCCGGAGGGCGACCAUCUCUCUUCUUUCCCUCUCUUCCGCCGUUCCCACAUGAAACGGCGAUUGUUCGCGCCUUAUUCCUUCUCCCUAUUCACCUCCGCUCACUGAAACAAAGAUUCGGAGAUUAGUUCCCACAGUUUGUUCGUGGUCUUGCAAGUCUGGAAAUGGCGAAUAAGAUUUGUCCCCUCCGUGAAGCAACUCCUCAAAGUAGGAUUCAUUGCUAUUCCGUCGAAUCAAUUCAAACGAUUGGGUUUCUGGGGGUUUCGUGCUUUGUGCUGAAUCAUAUCUUUGCUAUUCUGAAUCUGGAAAGGUGAACGUUGAGGGGAAGAAUGGUUUUCGAUCUUGUUGGUUUUGCUGGAGGUUUUCCCCUUCUAUGUUAUGCUGAUUUUGAUGCUUGAAAAUGGUUUCUCUGUAUUCUUCUGUAGGGGUGUAGGAGUAAGUAACUAAUAAACCCCCUCAGGUACCAUUCAGAAUCUGGGUGGCAGACAUUGUGGGUGGUAAAAGCUGAGCACUACGGUCUUCAAGUUUAUCAGUCCACUAUCACCAUCUUCAUCCGCUUUCUUCCGGUUGUAAUUGAUGCACGAGUGAAGCUUUGGGUAUCUUCUAAUCUAUACUCUUUAUCCUUUGCACGCAAUAGCUGUGAUCACUUAGUUUCCUUGUUUGCUGGCUCUUUGCAAUAAUUUAUCGUAAAAGCUGAAUGUAGCAGUGUUCUCUGCUUUGCAGUCUUGAUAUCAGUUGUCUUUUGGUCCAUUUACAAUUCUCCAUGUUCUCUGAACACAGUAUAUCAUUUAGCUAGCUUCCAGUGGCACAAAAUGGUUGUUCUUGUGAUUAUAAAUGCUUGCAAACGUGAAGAGAACCUGAAUCUUACUGAUACUAAGUUCAAUAAAGCUAGUUAAAUUUUUGUGGAGGGCUGCAGUGGCCUGGCUCUUCUAGUAGAGGCCAACAGCGAGCUCUAACUGCAAUUCAGUCUGAAUUGCCGAAGUACUGUGGCAGCUAAAAACAAGAAGCUACAGACUAUUUUUGCAGAGCAAGUGUUAGAGCAGAGAACUAUAGCUGUAUUAGUGUUUUCGGGAAUAGUAUGUUUCUUUUUCUGUAUAUGAUAAUUAGAUUUUUUGUGUUUUCUAUGAGAAGGUAUAAGCUUUGGCGUUUUUGGUUAUGAACAACAUUGGUGUUGUGAGAUAACUGAAUGAGUUUUGAGAGAGAUAAAGAGAAACAAAACUGUAUUUUUAAUCUAUGAAUGAUGAGUUGGAGCUCAACUUUCUUUGGUUAGAUUCUUUAGGAAAUGAGAGUUGUAUAUUGGAAGUAAGUUUUAAUCCUGAGGCAUUUCCGAUACUUGGUUUCUGUUUUUCUUUGGUUUUUGAGAUUGUUUUUCCAUCCUCAGAAACAGAAAACCUCUUUUCUCACAAUUUAGUAAGAAAUUAUGGGGAUGCAUGCAACAGAAGAACUAAUAGGGGUUUUCCCCCAUUUCCCACCAAAAGAAAGAACUAUAAUCAGCCCUGCUUCUGUUGCUAUAAAUAAAGCUACACAAUAGUUUCAUCCACCAAGCCAUAUCCAAUUUUCAAAUCAUCAACCAUACUUCCAAUCUUUUCCUUUUCCUUUUCCUAAUGGCUUCUCCAAGAACAUCUUUGGUCAUUGCAGCCAUCUUUUUUACCCUCAUUUUUCAUUUUCUUCCUCAAACAACCGCGGCUAGAGUGUCAAGACCAAGCUCUCCUCCUUCCAAAUUAAUUGAAGAAGUAUGCAAGAAAAGUAACGACUCCAACUUGUGUGCCCAAGUUCUGCAAUCUUAUCCUGAAGCAUCAUCAGCAACUGACAUAAAAUCCUUAGCUAUGGCUGUCCUGGAAAUAGCCAAGAAGCAAUCAAAAAUCGUGGGCAACCUGUUUACUGAAUUAAAGAACAACGGAGCUACCGACCCAUCCAUCAAGCCAUCAUUAGAUCUAUGUGCUUCCCAGUACAAUGAUGCAGCUAUUUUUUUCUCCCCUGUUGGGUUAGUAAAUGUUGCAAAAAGUUUGGAAGUUCAUUCUGCUUUAGAUGAUUCGGAAGGUUGCCAAACUGAACUAGCUACGAAGGAUGUCCACGUUGAAUCAAUUGCACCUGAAAUUCAAAAGUGGAAGGAACUUUAUGAAGUUUCUAGUUCUGUAAUAUUGUAUGCUGAAGAUGUGUUUGGAGGCAAAGCUGCAGAUCCAGAAGAAGAAUUUUGAUUCUUAUUUUCGGAACUUCUGUUGACUUGAGAACAGUUGUGAGGAAUUUGCAUGCGUUGAUUGCUGAUGCCAUGAAUCUCCACUAUAACUGCGGUCUUAAUUGUUGUUCUUGGCAGUUGCAUCAGAAAGGUUGUAAAAGGAAAAACUCCUUUAGUGCUGUUAACUUCUCGAAAGAUCAAAAAUACUUACUUACUUAUCAUUAUUAAAGUAGCUUUAGCUUUGGCUCUUCUCAUCCUUCUCCACAACAAAACUCUUUGAAUUUUUGCCUCCAACUAAUGCAAGUCUUUCUCUACAUUCGUUUCUUGCACAACCUUCUUAAUUAGUCUAUGUACCCAUUACUUGGCAAUGGAGGUUUACGUGUUCAGCUUCUUCAAAGACGUGUUUUCUUCAGAAUGACCGAGCUUGGUUCUGCUUUGGUUUGGAUGUUUGACAUUAUUUCUCCCUUUCUGUCCCGGCAAUACUGUGCUCAUCAUUUUCCUCUUCAUUUCAUGCAGAUUCCCGGAAAUCCCCAGUUGAAGAUGGAAGUGGAGGUUGUUUCAGAUCAUGAAGAAGACAUUGAGUAAGGCUUACAGUCCCAAUUCACCAGUGUAUGCAGCAAGCUCCCAACAUUCUAGUGCCGUGCACCAUCCACAGCUCUGUAAAGUAAACCUCCCUUGCUUAUAAGGUAUCUGAAUUGGUAUGUAGUUCAUACUCCAUUGUUUCUAGCUGUCCUUGCAUCUUGCCAAAUGCCAAUGGAGAGCUGUACAAGAUUUUCUCUUGCUGACUGACUAAUAAAACUCUUUUGGGGUGUAUUGAUAUAAGCAUCAUUUCACAUCUCUGGAGGACUUCUUUUAGCUGCCAUCUUCAACUAGAGAUGUAAGCAUCUCUCUCUUUUGACCCUGUGCUUCAUCCACCUACCUUUUCCUAGUUGAAAUGGUAGUAAAUCUGAACUUCUGGUGCCAAAUUCAUUUAUCAUAUUUGGUCAGUUUGCUUAAGUUGACUCCCUCUGCAACUUUACCAUAUAAAAUACUUUUUUCGGCUAAUGAAUCCUGUACCUUCAUGUGGAUUUCAUUCGGUUGAAGAAAAUGGAAAAGGGGAAAUGACUCGGUCUUGGAAAAAUUGACUUCCUUUCCCCAAACAUAGUAAAGUUCUGAAUAAUGCUUUGCUCGGUUUUGUUGGAACUUUUAUUUACUUAUUGAGUUUGUGCAUAAUUUACCUCACUAAAUUUUAGUAUAGUCUUGAGUUCAACUUCUACGGAUUUGGCUACGAUGUUAAUGCCCCUUGGUGUGAGAUUCAGCGUCCUGCGAUUCCCAGCCAUUGGAUGCAACCUUUCGGUCAUCCAGUGUAGAAAAACUUCUGCAAUCUCAAUGCUAUAAUGACCGAAUUUCGGUGGGAAGUGAUAAUCAUGAAGCUUACCAUUGACAUGGAGACAGAGUACAACCAUAAUGGAGCGUGACCUUUCCCCAUAUAUUACUCAAAAGGUUUUCUCUUUUCUCUCUUCAGGCCGUAAAAUAUAGAUUUGGUGCAACUUUCUUUUCUCAAUAUCUGGUUGUCUGUCUGCUUUGCAUGCUGGCGACCAUUGGCAAAUAGUAGCAAAGGUCUAGUAUAUGGUCGUGGGUGGCUCAUGAUGAUGAAGUGGCCCAUCCAGUAGCCGUUGAACCCGCCCUUUUAACCGCUUUUUUCAAAAGCCUUUAUGUUAAUCUGGACCCACAUGGCACUGAAAAAUAUCAUUAUAUUGAUUAAUAAGUUUCUUCCUUUAUCGUUCUUUCUUAAAUAGAUUAGGUAUUCGUUG